AUGGAGCUUCCAUGCCGUGAGAUGAAGCGACUGGAGGUUUGGGUGUUGGAGAUGCCUGUGAUAUUGUGUGAGAAGGUCUGGGAAGAGCAGCAAGGCCUUCGACCGCUGGUGGAGAAAGUGCUACAUCAGGAGGAAGGAGUGGACGAGGGGAGCCCUUUGGUCCAGCCACUGAUGGAUACGCUGGAACCUAACCCCGAAAUCCAACUGCUCAAGAAGAAGACCGAUGAGCAUGACGGCCUCUCGUCAUCCACCCCCCUAGAGAAGGAAGGUGACCAUGGUUUGUGGGAAUCACUGAUGGACAAGGUGAAUGGAAAAGACAUCGCUCAGCUCAACAAUGCCUUUCUAGAGGACCCGGAGGCCCUGGAGAGCAUUGCAUCAGACAGCAAAGAUAAACUAGGUCUGCCCUGGUUUUACUCAACGCUGGUACAAUUCAUUGACGAGGACGCCGAGGAUGACGGCUAUAUGGAUUUAAGGAGGAGGCUUGGCAUGGAACUAACUGAGCCGGUGCCACAUUCGCUUUCCAGGCUGUUUCUCCUUGUGGCUGUGCUAUGGUCUGAGAGUUUCUCUAGAUUUCCCGAACCUUGCCUUGAUGAUCCUGACUACGAUGAGCUGGUGAAGAUUGCAGAAAACGGGCUUGGAAAAGCAGCUCAUCCAGUGAAGGUGGUCAUUGUAGGGGCAGGCAUAAGUGGACUCACUGCUGCCAAACUGCUCAGAGAUGCCGGUCACAUGGUUACAGUUCUGGAAGCCAGUGGUCGUGUGGGAGGACGAAUCAGGACCUAUCGAGAUGAGACACAAGAUUGGUACGUGGAGUUGGGAGCCAUGCGUUUGCCAAGCACCCACAGAAUUGUUCGCGAAUUUAUUACGCAAUUCAAACUUUAUCUGAACAAGUUCUCUGAGAUGGAUGACAAGGCCUGGUAUUUGGUUAAUGGUGUCAGGACAACAGCUGGGAAGGUCAAACAGAACCCUGAUAUCUUGAAUUAUACUGUGGCUCCAUCAGAGAAAGGCAAAUCUGCUAAGGAACUUUAUGUAGGAAUUCUGCAGAAGGCCUUAGAGCUGUUCCGGAUUCAGGAUUGUGGAGCGUUGUGGGAUCAGUAUGACUCCUUUUCCACCAAGGAGUUCUUGAUUAAAAAAGGGAAUUUAAGCCAUGGGGCUGUACAGAUGAUUGGAGACUUGAUGAAUGAGGAUGCUGGAUUUCACAUGUCAUUUCUUAACUCGCUCAUGGAGUUUAAUAUCUUCUUUCAUGAAGACGGUUUUGAUGAGAUCAUAGGGGAAUUCGACCAAUUGGCCCAGGCUUUCAACCAGUCUAUGCCUGGAGUUGUCCAGCUGAACCGCACAGUAGACUAUAUAAUAUCCAAUGGUAACAAGGUCCAAGUGUUUUAUCGUGCACCCCACACAUGUAGCCCCUCCUUAGUGACGGCUGACUAUGUUCUUGUCACAGCCACAGCAAAAGCCACGAGACAUAUCAAAUUUCUGCCACCGCUUUCCUCCACUAAGACCCAUGCCCUGCGCUCCAUUCACUAUGCUAGCGCCACCAAGAUUGCCUUGGCCUGCACUGAAAAGUUCUGGGAGAAGGACGGGAUUCGAGGUGGGCCGUCAGUCACAGAUCGCCCUUCCAGAUUCAUCUACUAUCCCAACCACAACUUCCAUAGUGGGGUGGGGGUGAUUGUAGCUUCCUACACGUGGAAUGAUGAUGCUGAAUUCUUUAUUCCCCUGAGUGACGAGAAGUGCAUUGAUGUGGUGCUGGAGGACCUGGCAGAAAUCCACAAGAUAUCUAAGGACCAUCUCCGGUCUGUCUGUGAUAAACACGUGAUACAGAGAUGGAACCUGGACAAACAUUCCAUGGGAGCAUUUGUCUCGUUCACCCCCUACCAGUUUGCUGACUAUUCUAAGCCUUUGUUUCAGAAUGAAGGGAGGGUCCACUUUGCAGGAGAACACACAGCCCAGCCUCACGGCUGGAUCGACACUGCUAUGAAAUCUGCUGUGAGAGCAGCAAGGAACAUCCACGAGGAUAGCUAUCUGUCAUGGGGGAAACAUCAGCUGCUGAAGGAGCAAGAACAACAAAAGCAGGAGCAGGAAAGGGAUGACCGGGUUCAAAAAGUUGAACUUUAAUUGUGUUAUGGGUGUUUAAGAAAGGCACAACUGCACCAGACGCUGAG